AUGCCCCCUCAACCCAGCCUCCCGGAAGCAGCCCACGCAGAACUAGACUCAAUGCUCUCCCGCAAAUUCGGCCGAGAAGUAGCCAACUACUUUUCCGGCUCCCCCCUCAACCGUGUCUCGUUCCUGCGUACAAACCACGAGUUCAUCACCAAAGCACUUACGCACCCCUCUACCUCCUUCCUGCUCUUUAACGAUCUUUCACCCCUCGCCACAGACCCCACGAAGCUCGCAUACGCAAAACAUGAAGAUGUGCGGGAACUGAUUGGGGAUAAUCCAUUUGAGAAGAGCGAGGAGGAGUUGGUCAAAGAAUAUAAUAGCAGUGUGACCCUGCCGUUGGUCUUGUUUUUGGGUCUGGAUGAGAGGAAGAAUGGGGGGUUUGAACAUGGGAUUUAUAAGGGGCAGGCUUUCUUCGCAGUAGAUGUUACUCCCAGGGGAACAGUGGAGAAACAGGCGAGUGCUGUGAUUGAGGCGAUGAAGAAGAAAGGAUUACAGUUUAUUGAGGGAAGGGUACAUAUGACAUUGAAUGCGCCGGAAGCUGCCAUAUACGCCCAAGCCCGAGCAUUGCUUGACUGGAACGCACGGAAUCCCUUCUGCGGCGGCUGCGGCCAGCCCACCCUCUCCGUUAACGCAGGGACAAAACGAACCUGUCCACCCACAGACUUUUCAUCUCUUGCCAACGCCCAAGGCGCAACAACGACCUUGGAAACGCCCCGGGAGAGACUAGCCUGCGUUACGCGGAAAGGCAUCUCUAACCUCUCCUUCCCCCGCACCGACCCCACCGUAAUAAUGGCUGUUGUAUCCCACGAUGCGAAACGCGUGCUCCUCGGCCGUCAAAAGCGCUGGCCGCCCUACUGGUACUCUACUCUUGCAGGAUUCUGCGAGCCCGCGGAAUCAGUAGAAGAAGCCGUGCGUCGCGAAGUAUGGGAAGAAUCAGGCGUGCAUCUCGGUCGUGUAGUGAUCCACUCUACGCAGCCUUGGCCGUAUCCUGCGAAUCUUAUGAUUGGGGCGAUUGGACAGGCAUUGCCGGAUGGUGAGGGCAUCCAUUUGGAGCAUGAUCCGGAGUUGGAAGAUGCGAAGUGGGUUCCAAUUGAUGAGGUUAGGGAGGCGUUGAAGGUUGGGACUAGUGGGCUUGGAGAUCCAGCUUCGGAGGGGUAUAAGGAGGGGAAUUUGAGAUUACCGCCCAAAACUGCCAUUGCUAAUCAGCUGUUGACUGCUGUUGUGGGUGGAUUCUUGGAGGUCGGAGAGGUUAGUAAGAUUUAA